UCCUCCCCUCUCCGCUCUCCUCCCGCCCCGCGGAGGCGGAGGGUCUGGGGCGCAGCGCCGUGCGUGUUCCCGCAGCUCCGUGGCCGCGCUUCCCCGCUCCACUCCAGCCGCCUUCCAUCGGUAGCGCCGCACCCUCCGCUCUUUCCGCUCUCUUCGUUCCUCCGCUGCCCCUUCCCGGCCAGUCGGGGCUGUGCCCGUGAGUCUUCUUCUCCUGCAGUCUGGAGGCUCCCAGUAUGUUCAGCGCCGUCCGCCCUCAGAGGCAGCAGGUUAUGAUGCAUGAUUAUCACAGAAGAAAUUCAUGUCUAUAGCUCAUAAGGACUUUAUUACAUCAUCUUCAAGCCUGAUAGUUUUGGAAUCCAUAUUGCAGCUGCAAACACACGUCUGCUUUUGCAUUUCAACAAACAUCUKCCCUGUCAGGAGACGCCAAAACUCAAGUGCUCUGAUCUACAACAGUGAUACCAUUGGACUAUUUUAAAUUUACAUUCAUAUAUUUGCUAGUCAGGCCAACAUCACAAUGAUUCCCAACGGAUAUUUGAUGUUUGAGGAUGAGAACUUCAUUGAGUCGUCUGUUGCCAAACUCAACGCCUUACGGAAGAGUGGGCAGUUCUGCGAUGUCCGCCUCCAGGUGUGUGGACACGAGAUGUUGGCGCACCGGGCCGUGCUGGCAUGCUGCAGUCCCUACCUGUUCGAAAUCUUCAACACUGACAGUGACUGCCAUGGCGUUUCCCAUGUGAAAUUCAAUGAUCUCAACCCAGAAGCUGUUGAAGUUCUGUUGAAUUAUGCCUAUACUGCUCAGUUAAAAGCUGAUAAAGAGCUGGUGAAAGAUGUAUACUCUGCAGCAAAGAAGUUGAAGAUGGAGAGGGUUAAGCAGGUUUGUGGUGACUAUUUGCUCUCCAAGAUGGACGUGCAGAGCUGCAUCUCGUACCGGAACUUUGCCAGCUGCAUGGGAGACUCUCGCUUGUUGAGCAAGAUCGAUAGCUACAUUCAGGAACACCUUGUAGAGAUUGCAGAGCAGGAGGAAUUCCUCAAGCUGCCACGGUUAAAGCUUGAAAUAAUGCUGGAAGACAAUGUUGGCCUACCCAGCAACGGCAAAUUGUACACAAAGGUAAUCAACUGGGUACAGCGCAGCAUCUGGGAGAACGGAGGCAGCCUGGAAGAUCUAAUGGAGGAGGUGCAAACGCUGUACUACUCAGCUGAUCACAAGCUGCUUGAUGGAAAUCUGCUAGAUGGACAGGCUGAGGUGUAUGGCAGUGAUGAUGACCACAUUCAGUUUGUGCAGAAGAGGCCACCACGUGAGAAUGAUCACAAGCAGAUCAUUAGCAGCUCCUCUGGAAGUUUUUCUCCAAAUGCUACUGUUCAGAGUCCUAAACACGAGUGGAAAAUCAUUGCUUCAGAGAAGACGUCGAGUAACACGUACCUGUGCCUGGCUGUGCUGGACGGGGUGCUGUGCGUCAUCUUCCUGCACGGCCGCAACAGCCCGCAGAGCUCGCCCUCGAGCACGCCACGCCUCCUCAAGAGCCUGAGCUUUGAGCUGCAGCCCAGCGACCUCAUCGAGAGGCCCAUGUGCCCCAUGCAGUAUGCGCGCUCRGGGCUGGGCACAGCCGAGCUGCACGGCAAGCUGAUCGCUGCGGGUGGCUACAACAGGGAGGAGUGCCUGCGCACCGUGGAGUGCUAYGACCCCGAGAAGGACACAUGGACGUUCAUCGCGCCCAUGAGGACGCCGAGGGCCCGGUUCCAGAUGGCGGUGCUGAUGGGACAGCUGUACGUGGUGGGUGGCUCCAACGGGCACUCGGAUGACUUGAGCUGUGGAGAGAUGUAUGAUCCUGAGAUCGAUGACUGGACCCCUGUGCCGGAGCUGCGGACCAACCGCUGCAAUGCAGGAGUGUGUGCCCUGAAUGGAAAGCUCUACAUCGCGGGUGGCUCUGAUCCCUAUGGCCAGAAGGGACUGAAGAACUGUGAUGUGUUUGAUCCCGUGACAAAGGCUUGGACAAGCUGUGCUCCCCUGAACAUCCGGAGGCACCAGUCUGCCAUGUGUGAGGUGGGCGGGUACCUGUACAUCAUCGGCGGGGCUGAGUCGUGGAACUGCCUCAACAGCGUGGAGCGCUACAACCCUGAGAACAACACAUGGACCCUGAUGGCGCCCAUGAACGUGGCACGGCGCGGUGCUGGUGUGGCUGUCCGUGAGGGAAAGCUGUUUGUGGGCGGGGGCUUUGACGGCACGCAUGCAGUAAACUGCGUGGAGAUGUAUGACCCCGCCAGGAACGAGUGGAAGAUGAUGGGCAGCAUGACCACGCCCAGGAGCAACGCCGGCAUCGUCACCGUGGCCAACACCAUCUAUGCAGUGGGGGGCUUCGAUGGCAAUGAGUUCCUGAACACGCUCGAGGUCUACAAUCCAGAGUCAAAUGAGUGGAGCCCCUACACCAAAAUUUACAAGUUCUAAGUGAAUUAAAUUCCCUUUUCAAACUAACAGGCUUAGUGAUGUAAUUGUGUUUCAAUAGAGGUACACCUGUGAAUAGGGGUGGGGAGGGCAUAGACGUUGCCAACAGCAACACYGAGCUUUUGCAUAUUGCAUAAUAAUGUGUUGUAUAUAUUUGUUUUGGAAAGAAUAUUGAGAUGAAGGGUUUUUUGUGUAUUUUAGAACUUUGUUUUAAGGUUUUGGUUUUGUUUUUGAGAUUUUGACGAUAACGCAAGAGAAUCUAGACAGGGCAUAUCAUUUCAGGAGCUUCCCCCAGUGUUUGUCACUUUGCACAUUGGAUGACUUCCUGGAGGUGUGUUCUUGGGGCUGGAAGGGUAAGGAUUGUGGGGGAUGAUGGUUUUUUCUUUCAUCAGGCCUUGGUUUCCUUCAGUAACUGGAACAAUCUGUAACAAGAAGCCUUAUUUAAAUAGAUAUAAUGGCUAUUUUUUUUAUUAAAAAAGCUGACAUGUCUCUGCUAAUACCUUA